UGGGCUAAUAUAAUUCAUUUUAAACAAGGCUGGUUUUGCUUUGGACCCAGUGUAGCAGGUUGCAAUUCUCUUAAAAGAGCCUAGUUCUGUUUACCCAAUAAUGGCACAUUGUGUGAAAUAACUUUUCAUUUCUCUAGAGUUUAAAAUAAUUAAUAGGCUUUGAUUAUCUGAUUCUUCUACAUGUGAAUCACAGAAGCAACACCUAAGACUAUCAUGAGAACAAUGGGAGUAAAGGGCCUCACUCUUUAUCACUUGAAGUCACAUCUUCAGAAAUACCGCUUGGGAAAACAGUCAUGCAAGGAAUCAACAGAGAACUCUAAAGAUGUUGCAGCGUCUUGUGUUGCUGAAAGCCAGGACACUGGUUCAUCAACAACAUCAUCAACAAGAAUGGUGGCGCAAGACCUGAAUGAUGGUUUCCAGGUUACUGAGGCUUUGCGAGUACAGAUGGAAGUCCAACGAAGACUACAUGAGCAGUUGGAGGUUCAGCGUCGUCUCCAGCUUCGAAUUGAAGCACAGGGCAAAUACCUACAGACAAUACUUGAGAAAGCUUGUAAAGCUCUGAAUGAUCAGGCUGUUGUAUCUGUUGGGUUGGAAGCAGCGAGGGAAGAGCUCUCUGAACUAGCUAUCAAGGUUUCCAAUGAUUGUCAAGGGAUGGUUCCAUUGGAUACCAUAAAAAUGCCUUCCAUAUCUGAACUUGCUGCAGCUUUGGAGAACAAAAGUGCUUCGACUAUACCAGCUCGAAUUGGUGACUGCUCUGUCGAAAGCUGCUUGACUUCAAGUGGAAGCCCAUUAUCUCCAAUGGGUUUGACCUCGCAGGCUGCUGCUAUGAAGAAGAGAUCAAGACCUUUGUUUGGUAAUGGAGAUUCAUUGCCAUUGGAAGCCAACUUGAGGCAAGAAUGGAUGAUGCCUAGUAUUGGAUGACUAUCAGAAAAAAAAAAAAUCCAUUUCUGCCCUAGAAAUGGAACCCUUUUUUGGUGUUUCCUUUUUGUUCUUUUUAUCUUCUAGUUAAUCUAAAAUGUCUCAUCCUUUUAUCAACUGUCUGUAUAUUCCUGAAGCAGAUCUCUUUGAAUGUGGGGUUACCUUUAUUUUAUGACAUGGAAUUGCCUCAUUCAAAAUUAAUCUAGUUUGCCUUUUGGGGUUGGUGGAAUGAUUCAUUUGGCAACUUCAACU